AUGAGCACAACGAAUGAACCCGACCACGUUCCACCUGUGAAUGAUUAUGUUGACGAAGCAACAAAUGUCGAUGAUAUUGUCAAUCCAUGGGAAGUCAAAGCUGGAUCAAAUACGGGUGUCGAUUAUGAUAAACUGAUUCGAAGAUUUGGCUCCUCCAAAGUAUCCGAUGACUUAGUAAAACGAAUUGAAAGAAUCAUCCAAAAACCAGUACAUCACUUUAUUCGACGAGGAAUUUUCUUUUCACAUAGAGAUGUGGAUCAAAUCUUGCUUGCAUAUGAACAGAAAAAACCGUUUUAUCUGUACACUGGACGUGGUCCAUCAUCAGAUGCGAUGCAUCUCGGACAUCUGGUACCAUUUAUUAUGACAAAAUGGUUACAAGAUGUGUUUGAUGUACCACUCGUGAUUCAAAUGACAGAUGAUGAAAAAUUUUUAUGGAAAGAUUUAUCAGCGGAUGAAACAAAUCGUUUAGCUUAUGAAAAUGCCAAAGAUAUUAUUGCAUGUGGUUUUGAUAAAGACAAAACAUUUAUAUUCUCAGAUUUUGAUUUUAUUGCACAAUGCCCAAAGUUUUAUCGAAAUAUUUGUAAAAUCCAAAAAUGUGUCACAUAUAAUCAAGUGAAAGGCAUUUUUGGUUUUGGUGAUAGUGACUGUAUUGGCAAAAUUGCUUUUCCGGCCAUUCAAGCGGCGCCGGCCAUUAGCUCAACAUUCCCAUUUAUUUUUGGAGAGAAACAAAAACAAGAACUAGCUUGUUUUAUACCUUGUGCUAUUGAUCAAGAUCCGUAUUUUCGAAUGACACGCGAUGUUGCACCGCGACUAAAUUUUCCAAAACCGGCGCUGUUACAUUCUGUCUUUUUCCCCGCAUUACAAGGUUCACAAUCAAAAAUGAGUUCGUCCGAUCCAAAUUCAUCGAUAUUUCUAACCGAUACACCCAAAGAUAUCAAAAAUAAAAUCAAUAAGCAUGCGUUCAGUGGAGGUAAAGCAAGCAUCGAAGAACAUCGUGAAAAAGGUGGUGAUUGUGAGGUGGAUGUAUCCUACCAGUACUUACGAUUUUUCCUAGACGAUGAUGAGAAAUUACAACAGAUUCGAGAAGGUUAUUCGAGUGGUCAAAUAUUGACGGGUGAAUUAAAGAAAACGUUAAUUGAAAUACUACAAAAAUUGGUAGCCGAUCAUCAAGUGAAACGACAGCAAGUGACAGAUGAUAUUGUUAGAGAGUAUAUGAGACCGAGAGAAUUGAAGUUUCGAUAUUAA